AUGCUCAAAUCUCUGAUAAGCAAGAGAUUCGCUUCCGGUGCAUACCACGGAGCGGUUCAAAUCUCGAUUCCCAAGAGACCGUUGAAAAAAAUCAAACUAGGGAAAGCCAGACCCGCUAUUUAUCACAAAUUCGACGUGCAAGUCGAGCUAAGCGAUGGCAGUGUCAUCACAAGAAGGUCUCAAUUUCCCAAGUCUCAGAUUCGUUUGAUUCAAGAUCAAAGAAAUAAUCCGUUGUGGAAUGAGAGCAGAGACGAUCUAGUCGUGGUGGAUGCCAAUGCUGGUGGAAGACUCGAUAAGUUCAAACAGAAAUAUGACCAGGUCUUCAGUUUUGAAAGCCCGUCCUCUCAGCAGCCGGCUGCUGAGGCUAGGAAACCUGAGAAAGCAGAAACAGACAUGGAAACGAAAACGAAAGAUCAAGAUGAGGACGACGAAUUCGGUAUGGACGAUUACAUGUCUCUACUGAACGACAACGCCCAACAAGUUCAAAGCGGUGGUAAACUCGCUACCAAGAAGAGGGAUAAGAAGUGA